AUGCCGCCCACCGAUCCGCGGGAGUGGGCAAAGAAGGUGCGUGCCAAGACGCCGCAGCUGCUCGAGGUGGGCAAGCCGGUGCCAAAGGCGGUGCUGAGCUUUGGUGGCUGCGGCUUCCUCGUCACGUACGCACUCGGCGUUGCUCUUUACCUGCAGCAAGAGAAGAAGGAGCUCCUGGCCAACAGCUUCCUGCUAGGCGCGGGGUCUGGAGUGCUGCCGGCGGUGGCGCUGGCGUGUGGGCCGCGGGCCGUCCAUCUCGAGCGCGUCCGCGACUUCAUUGUAAACAACAGGUUUAUUGUCACAGACGAAGAGAGGCGGAUCGCGACGAUGGCAGCCGGCAUCAAUGAACUCCUUCCAAGGAACGCCGUCGACUUGGUGAAGGGCCGCCUCGCCUUGACGGUCGGCUUUUCAAACAAGGACCCGGGAUACAUGACACAGGCCAAGGAGAACAUCUACUUUGGUCACCACAUUGCGGAGUGGACCGACUUCGAUGACCUGGCGCAGAACAUCAUCGCGGCGACUGCGCCAAACACGCAGAAGCCGUGUGUGUUUCGGGGCGCCGACAACGUGCUGCGCGGCACGAUGAUGUCGCUCAGUAGCGAGGUCGACCAGUACUGUCGGCACGUUUACAUCCACGGCUACGCUGGCUACCGCUACAACAAGAACCAAGCACGACACAACAUUAUGUUUGGUCGCCACGGGUACGUUGGCAACACCCAUUUCUCCUUUCCCAAGCAGGUGCUCAUGGCCUUCGCUCCGCUGGUGGGCGGUGACGUGCGCAAGGAUGAACUGCUGGAGGCGUACGACGUGGGCUACAACGACGCACGUCGGUACGAGCGGUGGGAGGAGGACCCGUACUACUUCGCCAAGGCAGACCGGUCGCCGAGCGACGACUUUAACUUCCGCAAUCUGCGCGCCAACCUCUUCGGCGGCAAGAACGCGUCUGAGCGGUUUGAGCUGUGA